AUACCCUGGUUCUGCAAGCAGCGCGGAAACGAGUUUUUCUGCGAGGUGGACGAGGACUAUAUACACGACAAGUUCAAUCUGAACUUCCUCGACUCGGACGUGAGCAACUAUCGUCGCUCGCUGGAGGUGAUACUCGAUCUGGAGCCGGAAUCCGGAUCGGAUCCACCGCCCGAAGGUGAGCUGGAGCAGAGCGCCCAGAAGCUAUACGGCCUGAUUCACGCUCGCUUCAUACUGACCAAUCGUGGCAUUGAUCUGAUGCUGGAGAAGUAUCAGAAGGGUGAAUUUGGCACCUGUCCGCGCGUCUUCUGCCAGCGUCAGUCGGUGCUGCCCAUUGGCCUGAGCGAUAAUCCUGGCGAGGAUUUGGUGCGCAUCUUUUGUCCCAAAUGCAAUGAUGUCUAUGUGCCCAGGUCGACACGGCACGCGGCCAUCGAUGGCGCCUUUUUCGGCACCGGCUUCCCGCAAAUGCUAUUCAUGGUCAAGCCAGAGAUGCGACCGAAGCGCACCAAGCAAAAGUUUGUGCCCAGAUUAUAUGGCUUCAAGAUCCAUCAAACGGCGAUUCGAUCGCUGAGCGAGAGCAUUGCCGUCAGUAAGGAUCAGCAGCAAGGUGAA